AUGGCGUUUCCACUUCUUCGAAUAAAUGCCCGGUUCCGAGCGCCCACGCGACUAUCAACAUGUAAUAUCCAACGACAUUCGACGAGGGACCUGAGGGCUUUCAGCACUGCAACACUGCAGCCAUCCACCUUACUACCCCUUCCGAAAUCUUACUGGCGUCCCUUUCCUUUCUUACUAGCUGCAACAGGUGUUGGCCUAAGCCUCGCCAGUUUCGCAAGUCAGUCGAAGGUCCACUGCGAUGCCGUUGCAUCAUCGCCUCCUCCUGAACUGGAACCAAACUUGCCACCACCACCACAAUCCUCGGUAAACUUCUAUGAGCUUACAUUUGGCACCGUGUGCGGAGUAUGUGCAGGGGUAUUCGUUAAGAAGGGAGCACGCUUAGUUGCAUUCUUUCUCGGCGGUGCAUAUGUCUUGCUUCAGUACCUUGGUACUCUUUCGCUCGUCAAGGUCGAUUGGGCUCGGAUGGCGUCACACUUUGAGAACCUGUUCUACAGGGCGGAUGCGGCAGGGAAAAGGAGACCUCCCACGAUUGGAUCGAUGUUGAGAUGGAUGAUUGAUUUUUUGACUGUGGAUUUUCAAGCAAGGGCAUCGUUUGUUGCCGGGUUCGCGUUGGGGUUGAGGAUUGGGUAG